AUGCAGCUCGAUGAGGUCAAGAUCGUCCCCCGCCCAAGAAAACACACCUCCCCAGCAACCCUCCAGCGAGAGGUCACCCUCGACGCUCAGCUUCUGCAGGGCCUCUUCCACGUCCGGCAAGAGGAGGCAGCCGAGCAGCUCGGGGUGUGCCUGACGAGCUUCAAGGCUGCGUGCCGGAGGCUCGGGAUCCAGCGCUGGCCGUACACCAAGGGCAUGAGUCAGCGCAACGGCAGACCCGGCGUACCAUCCCGCGAGUCUCAGACAGGCUCAGAGUCAGCAUCAUCGCCAUCGCCUUCAUCAGCCUCGUCGGAUCCACUCGCAGACAGCAGCGCCUACUGGUCUCAGCACCACGACACGGAGAACAUGACCAUGCAGACGCGGAGAGCUUGCCAGAAGCUGCUGUGA